AAAUAUCGUAAAUAGUAGCUACUGUAGAGGAACGUUAAUCUCGGAAAUUUGCAUGUUAGCUAUAGAGUAUAGCGCCAGGUUUCGACUAUCAAGUUUUUUAGUCCAUGUGUGCAAAUAUUUAUAAUUUUUAUCUUGGAAGUUCCAGGAAACUCGUCUACCUCGAGAAGUUUCCACGUGUCAAUUUAUCACGAAACUCGAAAGAAACAGAAAAACAACAAACAAACAUCGAUUGUUAUCAAAGAGCGAUAUCGAUAUAAAAGGAGAGUUUGAAAGCGCUCCCUACAAUUUACGAGAUCGGCUUGAGAAGAUCACGUUUACUGCUGUUUAUAAAUUGCAAUUUUUCUUCUUCGGAAACAAUGAGGUUUGCAGCCAUGCCUUUUCUGGGUUUAGCACCAGUCAUCUUAGUGCUGAGCUUUGUUGCAGAUGUCAGCCAUUCCCAAACGGAUUGGUUAUACUUUGCCAACUGUAUAAGGAAAGAGCUGGGUUUUAGCGCUGUAACAGACGGAGACGUUCGCUGUGCUGGGAUUGAAAUGUUCAAAAGUUACAAGAAAAUGAGCUCUGUAAAAUGUAUCAACUGUGACAAGUAUUUUCACUGUCAAGGCAACUACAACGCAGUGUACAGGUGCAACCAGAAAAGUCAGUCAAUACGUACUGCUGAGGUUAUCAGCGACUGUCGGGAGUUUUCUCAGGGUGGAACUGACAGUGCAGACGAUCAAGCAGCUAAUAGAUACGGGAGAAAUGGAGGCAACUGUGCCGCAAAGUACCUUUGUGACGUCAACUGCAAAUACAACCCGAAUGAUGGCACUUGUUCGUCAUCAAAUUGUUAAAAAAAAUAAUCUUUACUUUACUUCUAUCUUUGAGAAUAUUUUGGAGUUAGGUUUUUUUAAAAGGAAAUAUAUUUCUGAGUUUUAAGUUUCGAAAAGAAAGUAAAUAAAUGCAUGAAAUAUCGGAAUUAUGAUUGUUAAAACUAUUAGUGUCAAUUUCAUUUAUAUAAUGCAUAUAUAUGUCCCAACUUUUCUUUUACUUCAAAUAAAACAAGCUUUACCAAAACA